AUGGCUGACAGGCUCGCGCCAUUUAGCUUUGCUAAUAGGACCCAUAGGACCUGGGCUGGCACCUUCAGAUGCAAGCCCCAAUUGUAUAUUCAGCCAAGGACGGCAGAGGAGAUUAGAGAUGCUGUGGUUGAGGCCAAGCGGUUGAAUAAGACCCUGAUGUUGACGGGGUCGGGCCAUUCGCCUUCGACUUUGACUAUGUCUGACGAGUGGAUCAUGAAUUUGGAUAUAUUUAAUAAAGUUCUUUCUAUUGAACGCCAUGAAUCUGGGAAAUUUGCUGACGUGACAGUCGAGGCAGGCAUUCGCAUCUAUCAGCUAACAGAGAUUCUGGCUGCUGAGGGCCUGGCAAUUCAAAAUCUGGGUUCCAUUUCUGAACAAUCUGCUGCGGGAAUUAUUUCGACGGGCACUCAUGGAUCAAGUGCUUAUCAUGGACUGGUGUCAGAACAAAUCGUCAAGUUUACUCUGCUUUGCAGUGGAAAAGCUGAUCCAGAGACGAUUGAAUGCUCACCAGGUGAUAAUUUAGACUUGUUCCGUGCUGGAUUAUUGUCGGUAGGUAAACUGGGUAUCAUCACUCACGUAACAUUGAGAGUUGUUCCGGCUUAUAAUCUCAAGUCCCGUCAACAGAUUGUCUCGUUUGACAGGUUUGUUGAUGAAUUAUGGCCUACGGUAUGGACCUCGUCGGAGUUCAUCAGAGUAUGGUGGUAUCCUUAUUCCGACAGAUGUGUGCUCUGGAGAGCUGAUAAGUGUAAGCAGGAAGAGCCUUUACGCGAACCAAUUAAUAAUUUCUAUGGCACUACUCUUGGCCGAUUCUUCUAUGAGUCGUUAUUAUGGCUGGCUGUUAAAGUAUACCCGUCACUCACACCAUCUAUUGAGAGAUGGGUGUUCAAACACCAGUACGGGUUUGAAGAAUCAAUUAAUAGUGAAGGUAAUGUUGCAGUGCAAAGAAGUGAUCUGGCUUUGAAUAUGGACUGUUUGUUUAGUCAGUUUGUCAACGAAUGGGCUAUGCCAUUGACCGAAGGACCUAAAGUCCUGAGACAACUUGAAACUAUUAUCAAGGAUGCUGCCAAAAACAAUUCAUUCUACGUCCAUGCUCCUUUCGAAGUUCGCAUUUCCAACACGGCAGUUUCUGGAUCCACUGACACUAUUAACCCCGACAAUUACUCAGUUCCUCAUCUUGGAACUGUUCCUGGUAACACUGUUCGGCCUCUUCUCGACGGCACUCCUAAACUUGGAGCUGCUACCACCCCUAUUACCUACGACAAACUGACACUUUAUCUGAAUGCCACAGUAUACCGACCGUUCGGUUUCGACUGUCCUAUCGACAAAUGGUACAGGACAUUCGAGGACACAGUUGCUGCUGUUGGAGGCAAACCUCACUGGGCUAAGAACUUCCUAGGCACCUUUGACGACAAGCCUGCUUCCACUCUCACCGACGGCGAAAUGCGGGGCCUCAAACCCACCAUGGACAGUUGGUUUGGCGACGACCUCACCCUCUUCAAAACACUCCGCGAGACCCACGACCCCCAGGGCACGUUCCUCAGCGGCCGCCACUGGGCCGAGAUCAACGGUUUCGUCAGUUCUGUCACUGACAUUGUCUAA